AUGGCGGACAGACUCAAUAUCAUUCUCAAGAGCUCGCGAGAGAUCACGCCUUCCGUUACGCCGGAAGCUGUUUGGAGAGCGGCGAAGCCGGAAAGCACAGCCGACGUCGAAAUCCCGGAGGACGUCAACAGUUUCAGCCGGGAAGCCAUUAUCGCCAAAUUGGACGGGAACCCCAAUUACUUCGUCCGCAAUCAAUACGAGCGGCUCAGGAUUUUACCCAGAUCGCCGGAUGUUGGGAUUGUUCGAAUUGAUGGCAUAACCCAGGUCGUACGCUUGGAAUUAGGGCUAGCAGCAUUGUUGAUCGAAAGCCCUAUCGAUUUGGAAACAGCAUACCUAAAUGCUGCUCAACAGGAAGAAGACGAUUCACAGAACAAUGAAGAUGAACUUAAUGGAAACUUGAAUGAUGGGGUUGGAGAUGGACCAGAGGUCCAGGCGAUUCAACAAGAUCCAAUCGAAGAAGAUCUAAUCGAUGAAGCUGCAGCUCCUGGUUGGAAUUUUGGGGCUCUAUGUUCUGUUGCUGGACAAGGGGUUAUCAUUCUUGAACGUAUAUGGGUAUUGGAUAGGUAUUUUAAGGUGGCGAAGCAUUUUCGGAAUCAAUGGGUCUCCUACUUUGAGGGCGGAGCGUAAGAGUAAAGGCUUGAAGACAACUAACUGCUGAAUGGAAACUUGAAGAUACUCGAUCGAGUGCAACAUAUUAUUUUCUUUUAUUGUCUAUAGUUACUAAGACGACAUUUCCAUCACAUCUUGUAUAAAACUAGCUUCAACAAGUUUUUACCUUUUUGUCGGGGUUUAAUUUUUGCAUGCCCCUUGCUUACAUUAGUUGCAUCGAAUGGGUAUAAUCGAUUCGAUUGUGAUUGCCUUGGGAUUAUUUUGGUUAUAAGAUUGGAUUGAUUUAAAAAGGAUUGA